AUGGAUGACGAUGGAAACAGCACUUCAGACGAAACGACCGCGCUGAACAGAACCGCCCCCGCGUUUUUUCUCGUUCUAGCUGAGACGAAUUCUAUCUUAAUUCCUGUUUUAUAUGCCUUCGUUUUGCUCAUAGGUGUCGCUGGAAACGCCAUGGUGAUCUAUGUUAUUUUGGCCAACAAGUACAUGCGAACAUGCGCAAAUAUGUUGUUUUUGAACUUAGCCGUGUCGGACCUUUUGUUCCUUGUGUUUUGCAUCCCGCUCGAAGCGGCUUACGUCAUUACGAAGUACCAGUUGGAACUUGGUAACCUUGCUUGCAAAAUGCUGAAAUACACCACGUUCGUGUGCACGACUGUUGGUGCAUACUCGCUGGCGGCAAUAUGCGUUUUCCGUUGCCGUGCUGUUGUGUCCCCGAUUCGGGCGUCUCAGUUCCUUACCACGCGCCAUUCUUUGUCAACCACCGUGGUGAUUUGGGUGACCAUACUGGCCGUCAACUCCCCGGUUGCCGUGUAUUACAAUGAACGCAUCGGCUGCAGCAUCGAGGUUGCCACUGAAUUGGAAUUCGUGCUUCUGUUAAGUUUGAUGGUUGGAGUCGACUUUCUACUUCCGGUGGCAAUUGUUGUCAUAGCGACAGUCGUAAUCGUAAUAGAAGUCAAGAAGUGUAAGUUUUCGACGGAGGAACAACUUUUGCUGGUUCAUGGAUAUAGUCGCAAGGUGACAGCACUUGCUAUUGCAGUGGCGGGAGUUUUUGUCGUCUGUUGGGGGCCUUUCAAUUUCCUGUUCGUCUAUAUAUCAUGCGGCGGUGGCGGGGACCAAAAGGUCAUGGGCAUUCUUAAUAUAAGUGCUUUAUUUCUAGCGUACUCGAACUCGUGUCUAAAUCCCAUCAUUUACAACUUCGCCUCAAAAGAGUUUCGAAAAUCGUUUCGUUUGACUAUUUCUAACACGUGCAAGACCAGGAAAAACAGACGACGAUCGAGGAAGAUGUCCAGCACCAAGACUAAAGUAAGCAUUGACAGUGCUAUAAAUUUGCAAGAGUGCAUGGGUUUUAUAGCGUCUAAAGAACAGACGGAAAGAAUUCCCGUAAGAAGUGGAUGUGGCGAGAGUGCCCGGUCUUUGUGUUAA